AAUAGAGCAUGCGCAUUAAUUGUUUGGAGUUCAUUCAUCGUCCUUUUGCCAUCGAGCGGAUAGUGAUCAACAGACGCAACUGAACUAAAAAGAUAUUCCAGUAUGAGCUACGAGGAAAAUGAAGAUAGCAGAGAAUGCGAGGCUAUGCGAAAGAUGUUUGUAGGUGGUUUAAAUAGAGAGACUACAGAGGAUGAUUUCUUCAAUUAUUUUUCUUCUUUUGGAAAUAUGUUGGACAAAGUUAUCAUACAGGAUCCACAUACAAAAACGUCCCGAGGUUUUGGUUUUAUAACUUAUGAUCAAUCUGAUUGUGUUGAAGCAGUAUUUCAGGCACGACCUCAUGUGCUUGAUGGAAAGACAUUAGAUGUUAAGCGAGCAAUGCCAAGAGAAUAUAAUACUGCAACUGCUCAUUCAAAGGUUACAAAACUAUUUAUCGGUGGCAUUGGUCCAGACCUUACUCCAGAAGAACUGCAACAAUAUAUUGAAAAUCGCCAUCCAACAUCUAUCGGUACUGUCAAUUCAAUUGACUUUUUAAAGGACAGAGAAACAAAUAAAAACAAAGGAUUUGGUUUUUUGGAAUGCUCCAGCACAGAUUUUGCGGAUCGAUUGACUAUUAGUGAAAAUUCGUUCACACUGAAGGAUAGGCAAAUGUCUUUAAAGAAGGCAGAGCCUAAAAAUCCUGAAGGUGGCAAUGGUGGUCGAGGAGGUCGUGGAGGUGGUGGUUUUAGAGGAGGCCGUGGUGGUGGUGGUGGCUUUCGAGGAGGUCGUGGAGGUGGUAGUAGUGGUGGGUUUAGAGGAGGUCGUGGCGGUGGUGGUGGUGGUAGAGGAAGGGGUGGCUAUAGAGGCGGUUACAAUAAUGAUCAAGGCAAUUAUGGAGGAGGAGUUGGUGGAUGGAAUAACCAACAGCAAGGCAAUGGUUACAAUAAUUAUGACUCAAGUUAUGCACAACAGGGAAAUCCUGCAGGAGGUCAAAAUUUUAAUAACUACAAUACUAACCCUGCAGCAGGCGGUGGUGGGUUCGGUGGUAACCAGGCUAGCACAUACAAUCAGGCACCAAACUAUGCCCAAAACAGCUAUGGUCAGCCCAACUACAAUCAAGGUGCUGGUUACAAUCAAUAUGGAGGUCAGAGUACUUAUGAUGGGACCCAAAAUUCUAAUCGAGGAAAUUGGGGUGGAACCAGUAACAACAGAUACCAACCAUAUUAAAAUGGUACGUAUCACAGGUUUGUUAGGUUCUAAGUCAACAUCAGACUAAGGACUAAGUCGACAAAAUAAGCACGAUGUACAUAGGAGGAUGUAAAUAUAAACGACCACCCACGAAAGUUUAUCGAGAGUAGAUGAGAUAAGACAUAGGAAGAACUCUGUGUAAAGCACUGACAAAGAUAGGUUGCUUAGGUCCAGUGAUUAAAAAUUAAGAAAGUUUUAACUGUGUGUUUUUAUAUUCCUUUUAAGUAAAUAAAUAGAGUCUUUAAAUUGUUAAUAUUUUGUGUCGUUCCAUGGACUCUACUAAGUAUUUUAGUAGUCGUUUAAAACUGCAUGUGUGUAACGCACGAAUAUAAGGCUUUAAGCAGUGCCUAUUACAACGAUGUAAAAUCGAUUAAGACUAAGGAAAUUGCAACAUUUCUGGCUGACAAGGCUAAUUGAACAAAGAAAGUCGCCAAUUUUUUAUGUGAUUUAUCUUCUGAACUAAAACAAACUAUGAAUUUUCGAUGUAAGAUUACCUUAUUCGUAUUCCUAAGUACUAAAAUUUUCGUUAGUGUGUGCUAAACGUCUACGCCAAAAUUGCGUGUUUUUUUAUAAGCAGGUGAAAAUGGAAUAGGCUACAUGUGCUUAUUGCAGAAAUAAAUUAAAAACUUAUCUCAUACGUUGCCUUAUGCGAUAAGAUAACAUGGUCCUGUUUUUACUAUUGAAAUUCAAUUCCCGAGCCGCAAUAUACUUAUAAGCGUUUAUGCUUACAAAAACAUGUAAUUCGCGCAAAAAAUACUUAGCUAAGAAACAAAAACCUAUGCGAUAAGAAUUUCAUGCCUCAACAUUUUGAUUGAAACACUACAAUUUACAAUAUUUCCUGUGUUCUUAUGGAUAUUCAGCGAAAAUUAAUUGGCUUGAUUUUUCUUAUCGCAAAAAUUAGUGCGCGUAAGGUAUGUGGCGUUAAAUUAUUUUCCACGGUCAGAUGUUUAAACUUUUUUCUAAUAUCUAUAGUAAUUUUGCCAGAAGAAUCAUCGCUGUCUGAAUCAGGGUAGCUUACAAGAUUUUUGGCACUAUAAUAUAAGGAGGUUGCUAUUACUAUUGUUAUUUCAUCCUCUUUGUCGCUGCUGUCCACGUUAGCUUUUAGAGUCGUGCUUGAAUAAAGUUUUUCAUUUUCUCAAAAGUUACUAAAGUGACAUGUUACGUUCAGAAAGAAAAUAUUGCUGUGUAUGGUCUUCCUUGUUCCUCUUCUUUAAUACCGUAUUUCAUUCGGCGUUUUUUACAAAGUUUGAUAAAAAAGGGAAUUAGAGCACACCUGGAGAUGCAGACAGUAAGGAUCGACAAGAGCUUCUUGUUGUACCCAUUCCAAAAUCCUGUACGAGGAAUUGAUAAAAAAAGAAAAAUAUUCACAUUUAGAGAUAAGUGGAAGCAUUUUUGUGUUUUAAUAAGCACCGCCUUUUCAUGAUGCGCUUAACAGAGGGCGGCGCUUAUUUCGUACUAAGUAUAGAUUAUUGGAGGUUAGCGCGAAAUAUAGGAAAUACGGUAAUAAAAGUUAAUAUAGAAAUUUAAUUGAUUUGACUUAUGGGAACAAAAUUACAUUUAAAUGUAACAUAGGCCGGUAGUAAAGUUUUUAGCAGAUUUUUUUUGUCGGCUGAAAUUAGUUCCGGUAUCAACAUGGUUCUGAUGAAAUGAAUUCCCAGAACUAAAAGUCAUUACUUCCGAAAGGGUACGAGCAACAAUGAAACGCCUAUGGUGUGGUAAUGUGACGAUGUAAACAGCAGCAAAGUGUCUGCAGAAAACUUCCGAAAGAGCUGUUCUUGACACAAAUUAAGACAUCGUUUUAAUUGUAAAUUUUAUUGUACAUGAGAUAUUUUAUUUAAAAAAUUGUAUGUUGCGUACGGAAAGAAUUUUCAUUGUCGCAAA